AUGCUUGCCUGUCAAACCAAGAGUCUAAUAAAAAGAGUUGUUUCACAAUUAAGAAACACUGGCUUACAAUCCCGAUCACUUUAUAGAACUGAUCAUAAGCAUGGUGCAUUCACAGUUAAACCUACUGGAUUUUGGGCUGACAAAAUACUUGAAAGAGAAUGUAAACGUCCUGUCGUUGCUUCAACUGAACCUCGAUUAUUAAUCGAAAGAACCAUGAAAGACAGCUACUUGGAAGAAUAUUUACCUUUCAAGUCUGAUCCUGAACUUUUAGACCAAUACAUAUUCUCUGAUGGAAAAAUUAGAACUGGGAAAUUACUAGAAGAUCUUGAUGCACUUGCGGGGGCCAUUGCUUACAAGCAUAUUGAUAAUGGAAACCCAAAUGUCUCACCUGUUACCAUUGUUACUGCAAGUGUCGACCGUCUUGACUUAUUUUUACCUGAAGCAGGCACACAGAAUUACAAACUAAGUGGACACGUUACUUAUGUAGGAACAAGCUCAAUGGAGGUAUUCAUCAAGGCCGAGACAUGUGGAGACGAAAUUCCAGAAGACAACGAUAAGGCCCCAGAUACAUUAUGUGUCCUUGGCAAGAACACAGUUCUGGCUACACGAUUUACUAUGGUAGCCAUAGACUCUGUCACACAAAAACCUGUCAAAAUUAACCCGCUGCGAUUGACAUCAAAAGCCGAGGAGCAUCUAUUUGAAAUGGCAGAGGCUACCAAACUAAGAAAGAAACGAGAAGCCGAAGCAUCUCUCAUGCGUCAGCCUCCUACACCUGCUGAGCGACUAGACAUUCAUGAUCUAUUCUUGGAGUAUUCUCGAUACAUAAGUGAUACAUCAGAUGAAAAGCUGCCUUUACCCGAAGACAAGGUCUGGAUGAGUGACACGAGAAUUGAGAGUAACUUUAUUAUGCAGCCACAGGACAGAAAUAUUCACAACAAUAUCUUUGGUGGAUAUCUGAUGCGUCGUGCUUAUGAGUUGGCCUAUGCCAAUACAGCCCUUUUCAUGAAAUCACCUUCGCCAACCUUACUAUCCAUGGAUGAAGUGGCAUUUAGGAAACCGGUUCAUGUGGGAACAUUAUUGAAUCUGAAGUCUUGUAUUGUCCUUUCUGAGGGAUUUCCUCAUCGCACAGUGCAGGUUCGUGUUGUAGCUGAAGUCAUCAACAUUGAAAAGGAUACUCGUGAAGUUACCAAUGUGUUCCAUUUUACACUAACAACAGGCAAUCCUAAUAUCAGACUUCGACGUAUCCUGCCACGAACCUAUGCCGAAUCAAUGCUAUGGAUUGAUGCCAAGCGUAGGCGAUACCAAGGCAUUCACUCUAGACAUGUCUUGUUAGAGUCUAUUAAAGAAAACGACUGCUAA